AACGUAGUGACUAGCGAAGGCAGAAAGCAUAGUUGGGGAAAGCGAAGGAAAUGAGCCACAAUCCGCAAUCCAGCGAUGGGAAGCACGAUGACGACUCAACUCUCUCCGAUUUCCUUGCCUCUCUCAUGGAUUACACUCCCACUAUACCUGACGAACUGGUGGAACAGUACUUAGCCAAGAGUGGUUUUCAAUGUCCCGAUGUUCGAUUAAUAAGGCUUGUUGCUGUUGCUACUCAGAAGUUUGUUGCCGAGGUUGCGAGUGAUGCACUUCAGCAUUGCAAGGCAAGGCAGGAUGCAGUCGUCAAGGACAAAAGAGAUAAGCAGCAAAGGGAUAAGCGCCUAAUCUUGACGAUGGAUGAUCUCUCAAAGUCCUUGCGCGAGUAUGGGGUGAAUGUGAAGCACCAGGAGUAUUUCGCUGAUAGCCCAUCGACCGGGAUCGAUCCGGCUUCUAGAGAGGAAUAGUUGGAGUUCGACCAUGUUUGUAUUUAGUUGAUAACUUUUUGAGAUGCUAUUACUUGUGCUACCAUAUGCUGUCCACUUUUCAUCAACAUAAUAUGUGUUGGCUGUUGAAUAUUAAGGAUGAGUAAUACAUAGGAAAGUUUGUCC